GGUUAAAAACCCCCGCGUUGGGCCGCCUGCAGGUCAAUGGCUGUCUCCUUGUUUUUGUGGAGAUCAUGGCGAAGAGGCCCGGCGCCCCCCAGCACGGGGAGGACUUCUCCUUCGUCAGCCCCCUGGUCAAAUACCUGCUCUUCUUCUUCAACAUGGUCUUCUGGCUGAUUUCAAUGGUGAUGGUGGCCGUCGGGGUCUACGCUCGCCUGAUGAAGCACGCAGAGACGGCCAUGGCCUGCUUGGCUGUGGAUCCAGCCAUUUUGCUGAUGGUUGUCGGGGUCCUGAUGUUUUUCAUCACCUUUUGCGGCUGCAUCGGCUCCCUGCGAGAAAACAUCUGUCUGCUGCAAACGUUCUCGGUCUGCUUGACCAUCAUUUUCCUGCUGCAGCUGGCGUCCGGCGUUCUGGGCUUUGUCUUCUCAGAUAAGGCACGGGGAAAGGUCAGCGAGAUUGUCAACAACGCCAUCGUGCAUUACCGGGAUGACUUGGACCUCCAAAACCUCAUUGACUUUGGUCAGAAAGAGUUCAGCUGCUGCGGAGGCGUUUCCUACAAAGACUGGUCCCGGAACAUGUACUUCAACUGUACGGCCCAUAAUCCCAGCCGGGAACGCUGCUCCGUGCCUUAUUCGUGUUGCCUGCAAGUCGAGGACCAGUCGGUCAUCAACACCAUGUGCGGCCAGGGCAUGCAGGCCCUCAACUACCUGGAGGCCGGCGAGUUCAUCUACACCAACGGCUGCAUCGACAAGCUGGUCAACUGGAUCCACAGCAACCUCUUCCUCCUGGGUGGAGUGGCCCUGGGACUGGCCAUCCCGCAGCUGGUUGGGAUCCUGCUCUCCCAGGUCCUGGUCAACCAGAUCAAAGACCAGAUCAAGUUGCAGCUCUACAACCAGCAACACCGGGCCGACCCUUGGUAUUGACAGGCCCAGCAUCCAGGGCAAGAGUGGUCACUCAAGGGCCAGACCCACAAGGAAGGGGCUGGCGAGGAAACAGGAGCCUCCUCUUUCUAGACAAGACUUCGGGAAGCUUGGAAGCAAUCUCCAAAUUGUGAUGACUUCAGGAUCCCUGGGAAGGACUCUCCCUUGCGUUUCUUUCCUGUGGAUACAGAAACCUCGACAGCAAUGGCUGGAGAUGCCAAUGGCCAUGACUUUUUGGCUCCUAGAUACAGGUUUUGGGUGUGCUAAAGCCUGGAACCCUAUUUUUAAUCAAUGGGGAGGCAUCUUCCCAUUCCAUGUUGCUAGAAGGAAAAGCUUUAUGGAGUCUGGAUCCGUCCACGUUUCCAUUGCUCGGUCAAAGAGGGUCUUCACCAGGCAAUGGAGUAAUGUAGAAAGCAGAAGCAGAAGAAGAAGAAGAAGAAGAGUAAGAAGAAGAAGAAGAAGAAAUCCCUAUUCCAGAUGCAUAGACUCCAUUAAAGAAGCCAUAUGCAGUCAGGAUAUCAUCAAGGGGGCUAUAAGACUAUAAGUAAGUAACAACAACAACAACAACAACAACUUUAUUUUUAUACCCUGCCUCCAUUUCCCCAAAGGGACUCGAGGCGGUUUACAUGGAGCCAAGUCCAGGUAGCUACAGACAGCGCAAAAGACACAACAAUGUAAAAACAAAAUAUAUUUAAAUCACAUUGACAAUAAAACAUAGUAAGAUAAAAACCUGAGUGGCUCAUAAAAAUAAACUGGGCCAAAGAAAGUGCAUAUAGGGAAGAAUGUAAACUACCGAGGAGGCAAAUAACCCGGGACUGUUAUCAUGAUAAGGAGCUUGGGAUGCCGUAAACAAGACUAUUUCCAACUGAAGGGAUGGAAUAAAGUACAACAGAGAUACUGUUAAUCAAAUAAGACGAGCCCUAAACAUAAGGGCGAGAACUUAGUAUGAAGGACAUAAUGAGCGAGAUCCUCAAAAUACAAACAGAAGUACAAAAAUGGAAAAGAAACAAGACAGGCAAUAUAACAGAAUAAGGCAGUAGGAAGAGAAGAAGACUCUAUCCCAUAUGGAGUCGGGAUCCAUCCAUGUUUCUGGUGCUUUGAUAGAUCCAGGAGGUUCUUCAACAGAUCAUAAAGUAAUGUCAAAAGCAGAAAAAGGUCCUGGUCCAGAUGGAUGGAGCCCAUUGAAGAAGACGUGUGUGAGGAUUUGAAAAAGGCACCAUGAUGUAAUGGGCUGACUGAAAAGGAAGGUGUUGGCAGUUGAUUGGCUGAACGUGCCAGGAGCCAGAAUUCUGAUUGGCUACUGUCUCUAGCUUGCUGUUGACAGAAACGGUUUUAACUGCCACUUUCACCUGAGAGAGUGAAGAGAGCACUGCUUGAUUAUUUCUGAGACAAAUGAGGCCUAUUUAAAGACUGUUUAAAAGGACUGUUUAUUCCCUCUGCAGAAAUUCAGAGAGACUGCUGUAUACUUUGUUGCUCUGUUCGAUCUUUCGAACUUAAGUAAAGUUACUGUUACUUGAUACACAAA